AUCAUUCUUCAUCAAUUGAAAUCAUCUUCCCUCUUCUUUCUCUGUUUUCUCUGGUCUCACGAAUUUGACCUGAAAAUUCAAAAUUUUAAAAUGGCCACUCCAAGCGAAGUAUCUGCACUUUGGUUCAUCGAGAAGCAUCUACUCGACGAGGUUUCUCCGGUAGCUGAAGAUCCAUGGAUGGUAAACGAUUCAGCAGCAACGGAAUCUAGCUCCGAUUCUUCUUCUAUGAUCUUCGUAUCAUCAUCAGCUCCUGAUUUCGCUUCUCUCCCUCCAAUUGAUUUCUAUGAAUCCGAGAAAAAACCUGAAAUUAUCGAUCUCUCCACGCCGAGAUUCAUGGAUUUUAUCCAAUUAGAAUUUGAUUCAGAGAUUUUCGAUUCUGAUUUCGACUUAAAACCGUUCGAUCAAAACGAAAACCAAUUUGAAUCGGAGACUAAACCUCAAAUCCCAUCUGCUUCUGAUGAUUCGCAAUCCAAUCGAAAACCGCCAUUGAAGAUCUCACUUCCAACCAAAACCGAGUGGAUCCAAUUCGCCGGCGGGAAUCAGCAACCGGAAGUUACUAAACCGAUAUCGGAAGAGAAGAAGCAUUACAGAGGAGUGAGACAAAGACCGUGGGGGAAAUUCGCGGCGGAGAUUCGAGACCCGAAUAAACGCGGAUCUCGCAUUUGGCUCGGGACGUUUGAUACCGCGAUCGAAGCGGCUAGAGCUUACGACGAAGCAGCGUUUAGACUUCGAGGAUCGAAGGCGAUUCUGAAUUUCCCUCUCGAGGUCGGGAAGUGGAAGAAGCCACGCUCCGACGCCGACGGGGAUAAGAAGCGGAAGAGAGACGAAAAUGACGGCGAGGAUGUGACUGUGGUAGAGAAAGUGUUGAAGACAGAACAGAGCGUUAACGGCGGUGAGACUUUUCCGUUUGGAACGUCAAACUUAACGGAGAUAUUUGACUGGGACUUAACGGCGUUUCUUAACUUUCCGCUUCUGUCGCCGUUGUCUCCUCAUCCUUCGUUUGGUUAUUCGCAAUUGACCGUUGUUUGAUUUUUUUUGUUUCUUUAUUUUUUUGGUGUUGGCGGUGUGCAUGCUGACGUGGACUUAUGUUACACGUAGGUGCAUGAGAUUAAAAUAAACAUUUACGUCAAUACAUUUGUUCUUUUUUUUUUAAUAUUUCAUUUGUUCAUAUUUCAUUCUUUUUCAUAAUACGAGUUUAUUUGAUUUAAUGAUGAGCGGAAAAUAAAUGUCAA